AAACAACAACCGAAAUCCCUAAAAUGAGUGAAGCCGAACUUCCUAGAAUCGUAAUGCGAAAGUACACGGGGUUCCCGCAGUUGGAGGACGAAUGUACCACUGCUGUGGAAACGUUACACCUCUUAGAUGCCGCAAAAGAAGUCGUCCAAGCCAUAGAAUCUUUCGGAACCUUGUUUUCACCAGUAGUUAACGAUAUGCGAAAUAAUAUCCAAAAAAUAACAACAGUUUAUUCCAAAAAUCCUGAAAAAUAUAGAAAUCUCGACGAAUUGCUGCGCGACGAGAAAUCACAGCAAAGCAUUUACGCAGCCAACGCUCUUCUGUGGCUCAAAAGAGCUCUUGAGCUAAUCUCAGUCUUUUUUUACAACAUCGUUAACGAUAAGGAAGAAAAAAACGAAUUGAAGGAAGCUUUAAGAGACGCCUAUGACAAAACUCUCAAGCCAUAUCAUGGGUGGAUCGUACAAAAUGCAUUUGCGCUAGUUUACCGUUGGGUUCCAACACGCCAACAGCUUUUUGGGACCGGUGAUGUCUACAUUGAAAAUAUGACGCUAUUGCUAACAUUUCAAAAACGAAUGCAUUCAUAUUUAGUGGCGAUUACGACGUUGAUUGUCACUCAUGAUCUUGAUGAUAAAACUGCGGUGUAACAUUCGUGCUUGCCAUAAUAAAAGUCUUGACAGAUCUAACGUC